AUGAAGUGCCGUCGGAAGGCGGAGAAACCGAGAUUCCAGGCCAACAGCCCCGUGCAGCCACUUUCGAUCUCUCCUCGCUCAUUUCCUCCCUCAGCGCUGACCCUCUUAUCAGACCACAGGGCGCCUUAGGGGCUUCGUUUACUCUUCGGUCUACUCUCCUUUUCCUUUUUUUUCUUUUCUUGAGGAACUUGCGGAAAUUUCGUGUUCUUCGACCUUUGAACAUAUCUAUCGAUCCACUACUGUAGAUCCUCUUUUAUCGGGCAGUGGCUGAUCCGGCCUCUCUGUCUUCACUGUUCGCGCGCCGCAUUAAGACGUUCGUUAUCUUGUUCUUUUUCGAAUGUGCUGCCGAUAUUGAUUCUCGUCACCUAUCUAUUCCAAUCUCUUUUCGCCUUUCGUCCGACAGACUCCCCGACCUUCUUACCCUCGUUUAUUUCCCCUUUCCAGUGUCGCAUUCGGGUCUUCGACCUUGACCUACAGCCAGGAUGAGGGCUUCAUUGCUGGCGUGGUCACUCCUUUGGCUAUUCUCCGUUGCCUCUUUUGCCGCACCCUCCGAUCAAGAUGUAAAAGUUGAUGCGGAAGAGGUGAAGGCUACCACCUUCAAUGGCAUUGAAGUGCCUCAAAUGAAGGAACUGUCGCCCGAUACCUUCAAGGACACAAUUAAGGAUGGUUACUGGUUUGUUAAACACUAUUCUCCUGUUUGCCCGCACUGCAAGCAGAUCGCCCCAACAUGGCAAACCCUCUACGAGUUUUACCAGACGUCCGAUCCGCUAUCUUCUUCGUCGUCCAAAUCUCCCGACACCAAGUCGCUGAAUUCGUUCCAACCCUUUUACAACUUCCACUUCGCCUCGCUGAACUGUAUGGCAUACGGGGAUCUGUGCAAGGAAUUAGGCGUCAAAUUUUUCCCGACUUUCUCGUUCUAUCACAAUGGUGAACUCGUUGAACACUUCGACGGCGAAAAAUCGAUGAAGGGCCUCAGCGACUUCAUCGAAGGGAAACUGGAAACGAUCAAGCCUGGAUCUCGUCCUCCGAACGGCCUUAAACUGCCUAAAGCGGGUGAUAAGGAGAUUGACCCGAAGGCUCAGCCAGAGGUUCCUGCCGCCAAGGACAAAGACCCCGAGGCUGGUGCGAAGGCUGGGGAAGAGCACAACGAGAAAGCUGCCGCGCUAUCCGACAAAGACUCGUCCGCCGAGAAAGAUGCGACUCCCAAGCCCAAAUCUACCCCGCCGGCAGCACCAGCCAAUCCGCAGGGAAUGUCCGUUCCUCUCACCGCCGAAAGCUUCCAGAAACUUGUGACGACCAGCAAGGAUCCUUGGUUCAUCAAGUUCUACGCUCCUUGGUGCCCGCACUGCCAGUCGCUGGCCCCUACCUGGCGGCAAAUGGCCAAAGAAAUGCAAAACGUUCUCAACGUCGGAGAAGUCGACUGUGACGUGGAGAAGAGGUUGUGCAGCGAUGCCCACGUUAGCGCGUUCCCGACCAUGUAUUUCUUCCGCGGCGGGGAGAGGGUUGAAUACACCGGUCUGCGUGGUCUGGGUGAUCUUGUCAGCUACGCCAAGAAGUCGGUCAGCGUGGGACUAGGUGUGCAGGAUGUCGAUGCGGAGACCUUCAAGGAGCUGGAAGAGAAAGAAGAGGUUCUUUUCUUGUACUUUUACGAUCACGCUACGACCUCGGAGGACUUCGAGGCUCUGGAACGCCUGACCUUGAGCUUGGUUGGUCAUGCUCGAAUUGUCAAGACGAACAGCGGCGCUCUCGCCGAAAGAUUCAAGAUCAACACUUGGCCGCGUCUCCUUGUCUCGCGGGAUGGCCGCGCCAACUACUACACCCCGAUUGCCCCGAAGGACAUGCGUGACUUCCGACAGAUCCUGGCCUGGAUGCAAACCGUGUGGCUGCCUAUCGUCCCGGAGCUUACGGCUUCCAAUGCGCGCGAGAUCAUGGAUGGCAAGUACGUCGUCCUCGGCAUCCUCAGCCGUGCGCGCUCCGACGAAUUCUUGCAGUCGAAGAGAGAGCUGAAAAACGCCGCACUGGAAUGGAUGGAGAAGCAAACGCAACUGUUCCAGUUGGAGCGACAAGAGCUGCGAGAUGCUAAGCAACUCCGCAUCGAAGAAGCCGACGACCGCAACGACCAGCGGGCCUUGCGGGCUGCCAAGAACAUGCGGAUCACCAUCCGUGAAGACGACAAGAAGCAGGUGGGCUUUGCCUGGGUCGAUGGUGACUUCUGGGAGCGCUGGCUGAGAAACACCUACGGUAUUGACGUGGCGAACGGGGAGCGCGUUGUAAUCAACGAUCAAGAUAACCGACGCUAUUGGGACUCUUCUUCCAGCGGAGCUUCCAUCAUGGCUUCGCGUACCUCCAUCCUCGAAACGAUUCCUCUCGUGGUGGCCAACCCGCCCAAGCUGUCCCCCAAGUCGACGGUGGGCACCUUCGAGUCCAUCUUCUUCUUCACCCGGAGCUUCAUUGUCAGCCACCCCAUCCUCUUUGUCAUCCUUCUCAUCAUCUCCGUUGUGGCAGCCACCGUCAUUGCGCGCGGCAGAGCCCGACGUGGAGGCCGCGGUGGUAUCCUUGGUGUGACGAAUGGCAACGGGUUCUUCCACCUCGACGGAAAGGAAGGUCUUUUGAACGGCGGCUCCACGGGCAAAGUAGAUUGAACGGAGUUCUAUGACUUAUUGUACAGUUAGGGUCUUUUUGUGUUUACUCUUUUUCUUUCUUCUAAAUUGUUUGUGAUUUGCAUUUUCUCCCUUAACCCACUCUUUCCUGGAUCACCAGGUUUCACUUGAGCUUCUUUCAUCCUUGGUUGAUGAAAAGCCAUGGUGUGUCCUUAGACUUUUGACAUGUUUCCAUGUUUCCCUAUAUCUAUUUUAUUGUUCAUUAUCUCUCUUACUGCCGCAUCGGUGUCCGAGUUGGUUCAAAUGGGUGCACAUGAAAUACAAUACCGCAGAUAAUAAUGGUGAUCUGAUGUUCCAUAAUAUGUUAAUACUGUCGUGCUUGUGCUAUAGUGUCGAAGUAGAUGUGAUGUCUUGAUGCCUGGUGGCCUGAAGAGUGCAAAUGGACGGCCUCUGAUUGGGUUUGUUGGAUCACGUGGCUGCACCGUCGGCGGUGUCUGCUUACCU